AUGAGGUUCCUCUGUCUCCACGGUAUGGGCACCAACUCGGAUGUCUACGAGGCCCAACUCGCCCCCAUCGUCGCACAGCUAGACCCCGGCCACGAAUUCGUGUUUGUGGACGGCCUCGUCGACUGCGAGCCUGCGGACAAGGUUGACACAAUCUUCCCUGGCCCGUUCUCCUGCUACUACGACAAGCCCGUCCUCGAGCAGCUGCAGCAGGCAUACGACCUCAUCUACGAAGUCAUCGAAGACGAUGGCCCCUUCGACGGCAUAUUUGGCUUCUCUCAGGGCGGAGCCCUCGCAGCCUCCUUCAUUCUGCACCACCAAGCCCUGAACCCCUACGCCCCAGACCUCUUCAAGCUCGCCGUAUUCACCUGCGCAAGCCUGCCCUUCGACCCGCAGUCUCACCUGCGCAAGGACAAAUACCACGCGACGAUCUGCCCUGACACGGGGGCCGUUCAGGUCCGCGACUGGGUGGCCGGCGACCAAGUCGAAGCCCUCCAGAUCAAUGGUUUCCUGAGGGAUGCGAACCCCGGCGACGUCGUGCUAAGGCGCUUCCACCCGGCGCGGGAGAGGCAAAGGAUCUCAAUCCCUACAGUACACAUCAUGGGUGCACGCGACCCGUUCUGCCCCCAGAGUCGGCUAUUGGCUGGGCUGUGCUCCGGCCCUGUCGAGAUCGUCGCACACGACCAGGGGCAUCAGCUCCCCCGAGACAGGAAUUUUGCGCGCAAAGCGGCUUCCUCAAUUGAGAAUUGUGUUCACAGGGCGCUUUCGAGGUGUUAG